AUGGAGGGCGAGGAGGAUGGGGCAGGGCGGGUCAGAGAGCUUCAGGAGCAGAGGAUGGCGGUCCAGAAGAAAACCUUCACCAAGUGGAUGAACAGCGUCUUCACCAAGAAUGGGGAUCGCGUAGAGCUGACCGAUGUUUACACCGAGCUGAAGACCGGAGUCGCUUUGAUUCGUCUGCUGGAGCUCAUCUCCAAAGAGACACUGCCUGCGCCCAGCCGAGGCAAACUGAGAGUUCACAAUCUGGAGAACAACAGCAUCGCUAUCAGCUUCCUGAAAACUAAGAUUCGGGUAGAUCUGAUUGGUCCAGAGAAUGUUGUUGACGGAGACCGUACGCUGAUCCUGGGUCUGCUGUGGAUCAUCAUCCUCAGGUUUCAGAUCGGACCCAUCAACCUGGAUGAGGCGGGAGGAGGAGGCAGCGUGGCCCACCGCUCAGCGAAGGAGGCUCUGCUGAUCUGGUGUCAGAUGAAAACGGCAGGUUACAAUGGCGUUGACGUGCAGGACUUCUCAUCCAGCUGGAGGAACGGACUCGCCUUCAAUGCCCUCAUCCACGCACACAGGCCUGACCUUUUUGACUACCACCGUCUCCAUGGUGAUGACCCUCGUCGUAACCUGGAACACGCCUUCUCUCUGGCAGAGCGGCAGUUCGGGAUCAUGCAGCUGCUGGAGGUGGAGGACAUCGUGGUCCCUCAUCCAGACGAGAAGUCCAUCAUGACCUACGUGUCCCUGUACUACCACUACUUCUCCAAGAUGAAGCAGGGACAGACCAUCCAGAAGAGACUCGCUAAGAUUGUUGGGCUGCUGAUGGAGCUGGACGACAUGAAGGUCCAGUAUGAGAGACUGGUCUCAGAUCUGCUUCACUGGAUCAAAACCAAGGUGGUGCAGCUGAAUGACAGACGAUUCCCAAACUCUGUGAGGGAGCUGCAGAAGCUGAUGACGGCUUUCAAGACGUACAGGACUGUAGAGAAACCUCCAAAAUACCAGGAGCGUGGGGCGAUUGAAGCUCAUCUGUUCAGUCUGAAGACUCAGCUAGCAGCCAACAACCAAUGGGCUUACAACCCUCCAGAUGGUAAAACUCUGGGUGACAUCGAGAAGAGUUGGGUUUUGCUGGAGCGAGCUGAACAUGAGCGAGAGCGAGCCCUGCAGGAGGCGCUGCUUCGCCUGGAAAACCUGGAGCAGCUCGCCCAGAAGUUUGAAAGGAAGGCAGCACUGAGGGACGGAUAUCUGGAGGAUACACUGCGCCUGCUCCGGAGGCAGGACAUCCGAGGUCUCUCCACCCUGGAGGAGGCUCAGGCAGCCGGCCGGCGUCUGGAGGCCCUGGCCACCGAUGCCCUGGCCAGAGAGCCACGCUUCAGCGCUCUGAGAGACAUGGCUGAGACCGUCGAGAGAGGAAACUACCACGGCAAGGAGCAGAUCAUCAGGAGAGAGGAAAGCAUCGAUCAUCGAUGGAAGGACCUCCUGCAGCAACUCCAAGAGCAGAGGAGUCUGCUGGGAAAUGUAGUUGAAAAUCUCAGCAUCCUUCGAGACAUUGAGCUCGUCUCCCAAGAACUGAAAGAACUACAGUCCCAGGCCAGUUCAUCUGAACUGGGCAAACAGCUGGCGGAGGUCGAGUCUCUCCUUCAAAAACAGGAUCUCCUGGAGGCUCAAAUCUCAGCUCACGGUGAAACCAUCGCUGUCAUCAGCAGCACAACGCUGAAGGUGAAAGUGAGAGAUGGUCAGCAGAUUCAGAGCAGAGUGAGAGCGCUUGACACUCAGUACAAAUCUCUGGUGUCCCACAGCAGCAACAGGAGGAGGCAGUUGGAGGCUCAGCUAAGGUUGUUUGAGUUCUUCUAUGACUGCGAGGAGUUAGAGGCCUGGCUGUAUGAACACUGGUUGAGGUUGCAGACGUCUGGACUCGGACGAGACCUGAACCAGAUCCAGCUGAGCCAACACAAGCACAAGAUUCUGGAAGCCGAGCUCCAGGCCCAGGAGUCUUUGUACCAGGGGGUUCAGGGUCGAGGUCAGGAUCUGCUGUCCAAACAGAGUCAGAUGAAUCAGCGGGCUAUCCAGAAGUGGAUCCGCACGCUGAAGAAGCAGUGGGGUCACCUGAUCGAUGAUGCGACAGGACGCCGCAACAGGCUGGAGGCAGCUGCAGCCAUAAAACAGUACUUUGCAGAUGUGGCAGAAGCCAACUCCUGGCUGGGCGACAGGAAACCACUGCUGACCAGUGAGGAUCAUGGGAAGGAUGAGUCGAGCACGACGGCAUUGCUGCAGCGCCACCUGCGGAUAGAGAAGGAAAUGGCAGCCUAUGGGUCAGAGAUAAAAAGACUGUCAGAGCAAGCGAGGAGUGCAGCACAGCUAACAGCUCUGACUGAGGAGCCUCAGCAGAGUAAGAUGAUCCAGUACAGCGACUCCUCUGGAGAUGAGGAGGGGCCAGGAGCGGUGACAUCACCACCACCGAGCGCCAGGGCUGUGAGGAGCUCUGGGAGCUCCCCUUCUCAGAGUGAGAGCAGCAUGGCCAAGGUCCGAUUCAGAUACAAGAGAGGUCAGUUUCCGUGGGAUCGUAAUGAGGUUCUAACCAUCAUCAGCACUGAGUCAGAUGGAGACAGAGUUCUGGCCAGAGACAGCCAAGGAAACCAGCAGCUCAUCCCCAAAACCUACCUGAUGCUGAUGCCAGCCACUGCUCCUCCCCCCAUGCCACCCGCCUCCACCAAUGGCGUGACAGAAAGUCCUAUCAGGAAGCUAAGUCGCCCGAGGCGCAGCCGCUCAAUGCGUCGUGGCACAGCUGAGAUUCAGACAACAACGCUGCCAGACCCACAGUACCAGAGAGACACUGUGGAGGGCACGCAGGCCAGCCUGGACCAGGACUACAACUCCCUGUACAAACUGGUCAAGUUGAAGUUGAGGAGCCUGGAGGAGACGCUGCGUCUGCAUCGAUUCUCCAAUAGCUGCCAGGAGUUUGAGUCGUGGAUGGAGGACAAGGAGAACGUCCUGAACACCUUCAGUAUUGAUGCCGACAACCUGGGAGUGGUCCAGGCCAAAUACGAGAACUUCCUGACUGAGUUGGCAAGUGGGCGGGGUCAGUUGGAUGACAUAAUCAGAAUGGCGGAAGAGCUGGUGAAGAGCCGACACAGUAAACACAGAGAGAUCAAGGACAGACAGAGGAAGGUUUCCAGCAGGUGGGAUCAGAUCCAGCGGCUGAAAGAGGAAAAAGCACACGAGCUGCUGAGCACCGCAGACGUGCAGUCCUUCCUGCAGAGCUGUGAGGAGGCUAAAGCUCAGCUGCAGGACCAGCUGUCCGGGUUCGACACCGUGGACGUGGGCUGCAGCUCCUUCACCCUGCAGGCUGAGGAGAAGAACCAGGCUCAAGCCAUCAGAGACAUCCAGACCCUGGAGGCCAAGAUCGCCUACCUGAAGAGUGUUGCCAAGAUGAAGCAGGACUGCAGUCCAGCAGAGAGCGCAGCCAUCUCUGAGGAGGUCCGAGGUCUGGAGGCUCUGCUGAAUCAGUUGAAACAUCAAGCGGGUGACAGACAGCGAGUCUUGGAGGAAGCCCGCAGGCUGCAGAGCUUCCAGCAGCAGGCCAAAGAGCUGCAGCGCUGGGCUGGCUCAGUUCAGGACCACCUCCUGCAGGAGGAGACGGCUACUGACGUGGCCUCAGCUGUCGCCCUGCUGGAGCAACACCAGGAGCUCCGGCUGGAGAUGGAGGAGCAGAGGAGAAGGCUGAAGGAGAUGGAGAAGCUGGGAAAAUCUUUUCAGCAGGGCUCAUCUGAUGGGAAGAUUGGGGGUGUCGACAUCCAACAAACAUUGGACAAACUUUAUGCUGAUUGGUCCAAGCUUGACAAGAUGUGGACCAGUAGGAAGGUCCUUUUAGAACAGGAGGUGGAGCUCCAGAAGCUGAACCAGGAAGGGGACCGGAUUGAGGCGGCACUGUCUGGACAUGAAGCCCGACUCAGGGUCAAAGAUGUUGGAGACUCAGUGGACAGUGUCCACAGUCUGCUGGGCCGACAAGACGAGCUGGAGGGUCUCCUGAAAGCUUUGGAUCAACAAGUCGGUCAUUUCACUGAACGCAGCCAGGAGCUCAUCAACCAAAAACACUAUGCUGCAAAACACAUCAAGGAGAGGAGCAGGAGCAUCCAGAAGGCCAACAAGAGGUUGAAAGAGAGCAGCAGGCAGAGGAGGAGUCUCCUGCUGGCCUCAAAGAAAUUUCAGGAGUUCCAGAGAGAUUCAGACGAGCUGCUGCUGUGGAUGGAGGAGAAGUUUAAAGUGGCGGAGGACGAGUCUUACAGAGACCCCACCAACAUCCUCCGAAAACUGAAGAAACACGAGGCGGCAGAAAAGGAGAUGCAGGCUAACCAGGUCUGGCUGGACAAACUGGUUCAGCUGGGGCAGGAGAUGGUUGAUGAAGAGCACUACAACAGUAAGAGCAUCAAGAAGAAGUCCUCUCAGCUCAGCAGCCGCUGGAGUAGGCUUCAGGACAAGAUGGCCGACAGAGGAGACAAACUGAGACAGGCGGGGCAGCAGGAGCAGCUGAUGGAGCUGCUGCAGGAUGCCAAACUGAAGAUUGAGGCCAUUCAGUGGAUGCUGAACAAUGCCGCCAAAGGUCACGACCUCCGCUCCUGCCGUCAGCUUCUGAAGGAGCAUCAGCAGCUGGAGCAGGAAGCCAAGGAGCUGGCGGAGAAGAUUAACUCCAUCAUUAGCAGGGCCAAACACCUCGCCUCCAAUCACUUCGACUCACAGAGGAUCCUCCAGGAGACCGACACCUACCUCACUCUGUUCAAGUCUCUCCAGAAGCCUCUGGACCGGCGCCGAGCUCAGCUGGAGGCGUCAGUGCUGCUGUUUGGGUUUUAUCAUGACGUGGACCUGGAGCUCAGCUGGAUCUCUGAACAUGUUCCCGCCUCUGGAUCUACAGGAUACGACAAGUCUCUAGCUGGAGCCAUCAGCCUCAUGCAGAAACACAAGGAGUUGCAGGUGGAAGUGACUGCCCACCGAAAACACCUGAACCAUGUCCUGCAGAAGGGGAGGGGCCUGGCCAAAUCCAGCAAAUCAGAAGGAGAGGAAGUGCUUCAGAGAUGCAGCCACCUGAGUAGGGAGUGGGAGGAGCUAGAGGAGGCGUGCAACAGUAGAGCAGCUCACCUGAGCAAGGCCAUCACCAGGGAACAACUGCUGUUGGACUGCUCAGAGCUAGAGUCCAGGCUGAACGAGACACUCGGUUUGGUGAACACUGACGAUUACGGCAAAGACCAGCUGGCCACACAGAGUCUCAUCACCAAACACCAGGUGGUUGAAGGCCAGCUGGAAGUGCUGGAGGUGGAGGUGGAGAAGUUAGGAGAGCAGGUAGAGCAGGCAGUUCAGAACUGGAGGCUGGAGGAGCUCAGCAGACCCUACAGUCGUCUCAGCAGUCUGAACCAGGAGCUGCAGCACCAGGCUGCUCUCAGGGGUCAGAGGUUAAAGGAAGUCCUCCAUCUCCACGAGUUCAGACGAGAGUCAUCAGAGCUGGCAGACUGGAUGAACCAGCAGAGACAGACGGCAGAGUCUCAGGACCUGGGCAACGACUACCAGCAUGUUCAGUUGCUUCGUGGGAAGUUUGAAGGUUUCCUGAAGCAGCUGGAGGUUGGAGAGGAGAGACUGCAGAGUUGCAAUGACCUGGCUGCUCGACUGAUCCGCAACAAACAUCCCCAGAGCUCUGCAGUCAGAGAGACACUGCAGGAGCUCAGUGCAUGCUGGGAGGAUUUGAUGGGCGUGGCCAUUGAGCGUCAGGAGCAGCUGCAGAGAGCCGAGGAAUGUCACCGCUUUUACCAAGACCUGGCUGACUCGCUGACUCUUAUCCAGGAGCGACAGAAGAGCAUUCCUGACGAUGUGGCCAAAGAUUUGCGGGGAGUGAUGUCACAGCUGAGGAAACAUGAAGCUCUGCUCCAUGAGUUGGCUAUCACGGAGCAACAGUUAAAGGAGCAGCUGGAUGCUGUCGACACCAUCCUGGACCUCUGCACGCCUCAGCUGAAGCGCCGCCUGGAGGAAGUGCAGCAGGAAGUGAUUGAGCAGUGGGAGGAUCUCCGACAACACGCAGAGCAGAGGGAUGAGGAGCUAAAGUUGGCAUGCCAGAGAUACCUGUUCCUUAACACGGCGCAGGAUUACUUCCUGUGGUGCAGCCAACUGAUCAGCGCCAUGGCUGCUGAGGAGAGCAUCAGCGACGUAGCGACGGCUGAUCUACAGCUGGUCCAGCACCAGCAGCUGUGGGCUGAGAUGGAAGCCAGGCAGGAGACCUACCAGCAGGCUCUGGACAUGGGAGAGGAGCUGCAGAUACAGGACAGGACCAACAGGAAGGAGGUGUCUGAGAAGCUGGAGGCCCUGCAGGCGGAGCGAGAUAAGCUGGAGGAGCAGUGGAACAAGAAACAAAGCUGGUUGGAAAUUGUCCACCUGGAGCAGGUCUUCUACAGAGACAUGAACAACAUAGACAAAAUGUCCAGCUCGCAGGAGAUCCUGCUGAAAAACAGCACCCUGGGAAACACAGUUGAUGAGACGGAGGGUUUGAUCAAACGCCAUGAAGCUUUUGAGAAGCUGCUCAGCUCACAGGAGGACAAGCUGUCGUCUCUGAAGGAGCUGGCAGAGCGGCUGAGGAAGCAGCUGAGCAGAGAGAAGAGCGGACGGGUCAAAUCCAAACUCAAGGCCAUGCUCAAGCGACGUGACAGGAUCAAAGAGCUGUCUGCCAAACGCAGGGAGGAGCUGGAGCUUUCCAGGAUGCUGUGCAUCUUCAACAGAGAUGUUGGCGAGGCUGAAGAAUGGGUGUCCGAGCGCAUGCAGAAAAUGGUGGAGGAUGGUAAACCUGACCUCAGUAAUCUGCAGGCCAAGAUGAAGCUUCUCCAGAAACAUCAAGUGUUUGAGGCUGAGAUCCUGGCUCACAGCGAGAUCAUCAGAACCGUACUGCUGGCUGGAGAGGAGCUGGUCUCCCUUCACCACCCGAAGUCCAAGGAGAUUAAGAGGAGUGCAGCCACCCUGGAACUCCACUGGGAGGAGCUGAAGAAGGCCAUGGCCAUCCGAGGGAAAGCUCUGGAAGAUAACAGAGACUUCCUGGAGUUCCUGCAGAAAGUCGAAGAGGUGGAGGCCUGGAUCAGACACAAGGAGGUCAUGGUUAAUGUUGGAGAUGUUGGGAAGGAUUAUGAACAUGGAGUUCAGCUGCUGAAGAAACUCAGCGAGUUCAGGGGAACUGGAGAUGGGGAUGUGACAAUGGAUGAUGCUCACAUCAAAGCCAUCAACAGACUGGCAGCCAAACUGGAGAAGAGACAGAGUGCUGAUGAACUGGUUACUGUUAGACAGAGGAGACAGCAGCUCAAUGACAGGUGGAGCAAGUUUCAUGGAGAUCUGAACAAUUACAAGAAAAAGCUGGAGGGGGCACUAGUGGUCCACGCCCUCAUUAGAGAGCUGGAGGAGGUCAGAGACAGAGCAAACAAGAAGAUGCUGCUGCUGCAGGGUCAGGAUUGUGGGUUUGAUGUGGACAGCGUAGAGAACCUGAUCAGACGCCACGAGGAAACAGAGAGAGAGGCCAGGGUCAUCCAGGAGAGAUCAAAGGCUCUAGAGAAGGAAGUCUCAGAUCACCUGAAGGCUCGAUCAGUGAUGAGCGACAAGCUGAAGAACAAACAGAAGGAGGUCCAGCAAGCUCUGAAAACUCUGGACAAGGAGGUGAAACUCAGGAAGGAGAAGCUGCAGGAGGCCCACCAGCUGCAGCUGUUCAAAGCCAACCAGCGCCUUCUGCUUGAUUGGACUGUCAAGCAGAGCAGUGAGAUGACAGGGAAAGGCCUUCCAAAGACUAGAGCCGAGGCCGACUGGCUCAUUGUCGAGCAUCAGGACUGGAAGACGGAGAUCGAUGCCCGUACCGAGCGUAUGGACUCUGUUCAGGACUUUGGUCUGGGACUGAUCCGGUCUGGUCACAGUUUAAAGGCAGAGAUCCAGAAGGCCCUGAACCAAUUGAAGGAAGCCAAAUCCGGUCUGGACCAAGCCUGGCUGAACCGCAACAUGACCCUGGAGCAGGCCCAAACCCUGCAGGUCUUCCUGGCCUCUGUGGAGCAGUGUGAGAGCUGGCUCAGCAAUAAGGAGGCCUUCCUGUCCAAUCAGGACCUCGGGAGCUCGGUGACGGAGGUGGAGACUCUGCAGAGGAAGCAGAUUCAGUUUGAAGAGGCUCUGGAGGCACAGGUGGACCAGAUGGAUGAGGUGGAGAAACUGGUCCAGAAGAUGAUUAAACAGAAGCACUACGACUCCGUCAACAUCAGAGCGAAGAGCAGAGCGCUCACUAACAGACGGAGCCAGCUGCAGCAGCAGAGCAGAUCUCGUCACAAAGCUCUGGAUCAAUCGAUGCAGCUGCAGCAGUUCUUGUCCAGCAGCUACCAGGUGUCUGUGUGGCUGAACGAGCGUAACGCGGUGGCGUUGGAUGAGAGCUGGAGGGAACCAACCAACCUCCAGGCUAAAGUGCUGAAACAUCAAAGUUUUGAAGCCGAGAUCCUCGCUAACCGCUACAGAGUGGACACAGUCACCAAGGAAGGAGAGAAGCUGCUGUCUGAGUCUCAGUCAGCUAAAGCGAAGGUUCAGCCUCGACUCAGAGAGCUGAAGGACAGCUGGGAUGCUCUGAUCCACAACUGUAAGGAGAAGAAAACCAGACUGCAGGAGGCCUACCAGGCGCUGCAGUUCCACCGUUCAUUGGACGACAUGGAGCAGUGCGUGGAGUCGGUGGAGAGGGAACUGGCCGAUGAGGACUGCGGCAGCAACCUGCCGUCUGUCAACCGGCUGCUGAAGGCUCUGCAGGGUCUAGAGGAAGAGGUGGACGGACACAGAGACAGAAUCCAGGGUCUUGUGGAAACAGCGAAGAGCUUCCACUCUCAGGGAAACUUCCUGGCCGAGGAGAUCCAGAUCAGAGUGGCACACACCAUCAACAGGUACAACAGUCUGGCAGAGCCAAUGCAGAGUCGAAGGGAAACCCUGGAAGCCUGGCAGGUUCUGUUCCAGUUCUACAGGGACCUGGAGGAGGAGGUGGCCUGGCUGAGCGACAAACUGCCCCACAUCGCUGCUAAAGACUUGGGGAGCUCCUUGAGCGGCACUCAGCAGCUGCUCCACAAACACCAGGCUAUGAUGCAGGAGAUCUCAGGCCGCAGCCCAUUGGUCCAGGCAGUUCAAGAGGCGGGGCAUAGUCUGGUUAGAGGUCGUCACUUUGCGUCUCACGACAUCCGAGAGCGUCUUGAAGAGCUGAAGAGUCUUCACAAGGAGCUGAUGAGGGAAGCGGCGAGGAAGGGGAAACUCCUGCAGGAGGCGCUCAGCAUCCACACCUUCCUCACAGAGGUGUCUGAGCUGGAGCUGUGGUUGGAGGAUCAGCGGGCAGGUUUGGAGUCUCGGGAUUGUGGAAGAAGCGAGGAGGCGACGGAGGCUCUUCUCAGGAGACUAGACUCUGUGGAUGUGGAGCUGGAGAACCAGAGAAGGACGGUGGAGAGGCUGCAGGAGAGCGGAGCCUCACUACAGCACCUCGGGCAUCCCGACAGCCACCUGGUCACUGAGUCUCUCUCAGUUGUCCUUGAACGCUUCGAGACUCUCCUCCGACUCUCCUCCACUCGGCGCACUGCUCUGGAAGACCAGCUCCGCCUCUACGUGUUUGAGAGAGAAGCUAAAGAACUUCAAACAUGGCUGACCUCCAGGAAGGCUGUGGCAGAAUCCAAGGACUGUGGACAAGAUCUGGAGGAUGUCGAGGUCCUUCAGAAGAAGCUGGAGAUUCUGGUUUCAGAGAUGUCCAGUCUGGGUCGGAGCCGGCUGACCUCGGUACAGCAGCUCGGCAGAGGACUGCAGCAGGACGACCAGGCCCGGAGGAGGGAUGACGCCCUCAGCGGGCUGUGGGACGACCUCAACAACAGCAUCAGGACCAGAGAACAGAGUCUGCAGUCGGCGAGGGAGACUCAUCAGUUUCAUCACGAUGUUGACGAGCUGAAGGGCUGGAUGGCUGAGAAGGAGGCUGUGCUGGACUCGGACACCCAGGACCUGAACUCCAUCCAGACUGUGCUGAGACAGCACAAGGUGCUGGAGAGGGACCUGGUUCGGAUCUCUGAGGAGGUGACCAGGAGCCGAGACGAGGGCCGGGCUCUGAGCAAACGGCAGCCUCAGGCCAGAGCGGCUGUGAACCAGAGGCUGGAGGAGCUGGACGCCUGCUGGACCAGCAUCCAGGACAAGGCCUCCCAACGCCGUGCCAGACUGGGUCAGGCUGAAGACAUACAGAAAUACUUAUCCCACUGGACUGAACUCAUGGCCUGGCUAAGGGAGAUGCUGUCUCUGGUGCGAGUGGAGGCGUUGAGCGUGGAGGGAACUGAUCUGGAGCAGCUCAUUAAAAAGCAUGACGAGUAUCGCUUCCAGAUUGACAGACAGCUCAGCAAAUCACAGGCUGUGAAAGAGGAAGGGAGGCGCCUGAUAGAGGAAGGAAACUUCAUGUCCCAGGAGGUGGAGGAGCGUGUCUGUGAGCUGGAGGAGCUGGAGAUGCGGGUGGAGAAGGUUUGGGAGGAAACCAGGUUCCUGUAUGAAGAGGAGCUGGAGAUUUCACUCCUGCAGAGGGACCUGGAGCAGGCAGAGCGCUGGCUGAGCUCCUACGAAAACACUCUGACAGCUGAGGACUAUGGGGACUCCGUGUCGGAUGUUAUGGAGCUCCUGAAGAGGCAGGAGGACUUGGAGGCCAUGAUCCAGGCCCAGAGUGACCGCUUUAUUGCACUACAGAAGAAGAAAACUCAGAAGGAGAAGAGACUGGGUCUUCGUGGAAAUGAGAACCUGGACUCUGAGGACAGAAGACCUCCAGCCAGAGUUACUUCCCUGAGGCGUAAGCCAUCAGAUCUAAAGACUCCACGAACCACUUCCUCCAGAGGAGUCAGUCGAGUCAGCAGUGGCAGGAUGACAGACAGGACAAUCAGAACGACCAUGCUAGACAGGAAAACCAGUCUCACAACCCCUGCUGGUACCCCACCAAGCCCAUCUGUCCACCCUGACACAGACUCGAGCUCCAGCACGAAGCCUCAGAAAUGGGAGGAGGAAGAAGAGACCAGCAGUCCUCCUGCUAGUCCCAGCCCCAGCUCGACUGUAACGUCCUGGAGAAGUCGAAUCAGCCGCUCAGACUUGACUCCUGGCAGUCCCCUCAAAGCAUCAACUGACUCCUCCUCUCCAGAACGUCCUCAAUCACCUCCAACCUCCUCCCCCAAACCUCCGCCAUCCCCUAAAACCUCCAUCUCUUCUUCUUCUGAAGAGACUCUUGAGAAAGAGCCUCGUCCCAGAUCCAAACCGCCUCUGGCUCCAAAGCCCAGAAUCUUCUCUACAGAGCCUAUGUCCAGACGCCGCUCUGAGCCCCCGAGCCAACCAGAGAAGCCCACCACACCACCUGACUCGCCUCCACUAAUCAGAAAGCUUGUUGCUCCCACUGAGCCGCAACCUUCCCCACUCGUAGAGGCAUCUCCUCCCCCUGAAUCACCACCGCCUUCAACGAAGGAAGACCUCCACAACCUGGAAUCACCCAUCAGCCAACGGCCACCAUCUCCACCUGCUGCCAGACAGGUUACACCACCUGGCUCUCCGACUGCUGCACCAAUCACAGAGGAGGACUUUAAAUCAGCUGACCACGCUCCGCCAACAAAGGAGCUGCCUCCAUCUCCUCUACAGCAACGGAGGAAGUCAGAUGAACCACCAGAUGAAGAACCAAGCUCCACGACGGAGGUAACUGCAGUGCAGCCAAUCAGAAUGGAGGGAACUCUGGAGAUCAAACUGAAACAAGGAAGAAGCAAGGGUGUGGAGCACUGGGAGGAGGUGUUUGCUGUUCUGGAAGGAGAGACGCUCGCCCUGUUUGAAGACAGAGCAGCUGCUGCACAGAAGAACACUAGGUGGCCUCCUAUCAGCAUGGUCGGAGCUGUUUGCAGGGAGAAUGUUUACUGCAGGAGGAAGGAUAACACCAUCAAACUGAUGCUGGAGGACGGCAGUCAGUAUCUGUUCGCAGCAUCCAGCAGAGAACUGCAGCUGCUGUGGGUGAAGAAACUCCAGAACUGCCCCGAAUCUGCCAGCAGCGACUCAGACGACUCAGGGAGAGCGUCUUCAGUCAACCUGAGUUUGGAGAAGUUGGCCGAGGCUCCGGAUGAUUCACCAAAACCGCUUGACAGAAGAACUGAGAGCCUGGAGAGACAAUCAUCCACAUCACCCCCUCCCAAACCUCCACACACAUACUACAACAAACACCGCUACCCUGAGGAUGGAGAGCUCAGGACCAGAGGUAUACGCAGCGCUCAAGACCAGCCGCCUUCAGCGUCUCCUCCGCUAACCCCUGGCACCCAGGACCCGCCCACGGUGACACCCCAGGUAACAGACGACAGCACGGGCAAAGAAAAGACGAGGAGGAGUGUCUUCAGGAAGCUUUUUAAUAAGAAGUAGAGUUUUUUAAUUGACUAUCAAACCAUCUGACCUCUGCAGGGUCCUUCACUGUGGGAAGCCAAAUGGUGCAGGACAUUUGACUCCUUCAGAGAUGUUAAUAUAAAUAUAUUAAAAAACAUUCAGACAUAUUUACCACACAAAAUAGGGAUACAAUUUCCAGAAAUUUCAUGAAUGCUGGAAAAUGUGAAUAUGUUCAUAAAUACAGAAGAUCAACCUCCAAAUGUAACAAUAAUAAAAUGAAACACAAAAUUCAACAGAAUCACAGAGAAGUGGACCAGAAGUUCAGAGCGGUCACAUUAUUUCCUGGAACCUCCAGUAAAACAAUUUAAAUGACAAAACAAAAAACAAAUCUUGAGCACAGAUGAGCUUCAAAUUCAGAUUAAACAAAAACAUCAUGUUUAAGACACUUCAGCAUUGGCUUCUUAUUCUUACUGAUUUAUCCAGAAUUCAGAGCAGAUGAGUUUCAAGACUGGAGACUGGACAGAUGUGUGCAACAAACAACUUUAGACGUCUCUGAAAUCUUCAGUUAAUUUGAUCAGCGUCUGAUGGUUAAUAUCCUCUGAACAGUUUGAAGUGAACUUCAUCUGAAGAGUUUUGCUCCAAAAUAUGAUCUCUGCCUUUUGAAAUGUGACAAAACGAUUUACAGUCAAUGAAUUUAAACAGAUUUGAGCAGAAAAGGUUCAUCGCAGGGAGACAAUGAACUUUGCUCAAAGAUUCAGUGUUUUUGAAAAUUAACUCCAUUUAUUUAUUAAUGAAAACGAAUCCAAACAACUUCAGACUCAUCCUCUCCCCCAUUCAAUCAGAUCAAUGAGUCAAUCAUUAAAAAUAAUGAGUCAGAUUAAGACUUCAGAGAGAAAUCAGGAGUUCAAACAUGGAAAUUAAAGUCGAUUGAAGUUUGAGUCAUUCACACUGUGACAUAACGCCAUCGUUUGUCUGCCGGUGCUCAUCACAUCAGGACAAUGUUUGUUUAUAUUCACAGAUUGAAAUUCAAGCUCUUGAUAUUUUUCUAUUAACUAAUAAUCUCAUUUAUUUUAUUGAUUACUGCACACUGUAUUUACAAUGUCAGCCAUAUUCUGCAAAAUAUUUCUCAGAUUGAACUCAUGCAUUUGCUUGAACUGCACUGAAUGUUUUAAUUAAAGAUUUCCAUGUUAUAUCAUCAGCUUCUUCCCCACGGAGGAGUUCUGUCAUGUCAUGUCAUGUUGUGGUUGUGGCAUUGUGUGUGAACACUGUCACUUUAUUGAUUUAUUGAUCAAGAGUUCAGUCAGUGACGUCUGAGGCGGCUUCAGGCUGCCGACAAUAAAGUGAUGUUUGGAUCAAUUUCAUCUUUUCUAAUGAGACAAAGACAGAAUGUUUGUCUGCGUAUACUUAAAACAAACAUAAAAUAUAAAAGUCGAAGUAAUUUUAAUAUUUUACUAUUUGAAGAGUCAGAGCUGUACUUUGUCUUAACAACAGUGAUGCUAAAUCAGAACUGUGGAAGAAGAAAUCAUUAUUUUUUUGUUCAUGAUGUCACGUCUGAGAUUUUUUUACCCAUCAGGUGUGAAUUAACUGCAGCUUCUUUUAAAAUACAAAAAUGUGAAUCUAUCAGGUUUUGUCCAGAAGAAUAUUGGCUGAAAAACUCAAUUUUAAAUGCAGGACUUUUACUUGUAAUGAAUACUUUGUUGUAUUGGUACUUUUACUUGAGUCAAGAGUCCAGAAUACCACAUUCUCUUCUAAAAUCCUGUUUUUACAUUAAUGAGUCACAAUCAUCCAAUAAAAUCAGUGCUUUAAUACUUUAAUACUGAGGACGCAUAAACUUUUACUGAAGUCCUUUUUCUCCUUCAGACCGGGUUGUUUCACACGUGUGUAGUUCCUGCUCUCGGCCUCACGGUGUCGCUGUCGCCGCAGUAAUGCGCCUCCUCUCCGCCUCUCGGAGCUCUCAGUUUGAGUCUGCGGGCUCCAGCCGGCAGAUUGUCCGGUUCAGAAGUUUAUUUUCAGCGCUUGACAUUGAUUGAACCAUUAACCCUGCGGCGCCAACACAGCUAAUGAUUUCCCUGCUUGUUUUUGUGCUGCACGACAGCAGGAAGUGAAGUCUCACUCACAUUUCUGCUUUUUCUUUAAUAAUCCGAGGCCAUUUCUCCUCCAUCAGUUCACGCGUUCACUGCGGGGCAUGUUUGAGG